AUGCACUCGGCUUCCAGUAUGCUGGGAGCCGUGAAGAUGGAAGGGCACGAGCCAUCCGACUGGAGCAGCUACUACGCGGAGCCGGAGGGCUACUCUUCCGUGAGCAACAUGAACGCUGGCCUGGGAAUGAACGGGAUGAACACUUACAUGAGCAUGUCCGCGGCCGCUAUGGGCAGCGGUUCCGGCAACAUGAGCGCGGGCUCCAUGAACAUGUCAUCGUAUGUGGGCGCUGGAAUGAGCCCAUCGCUAGCUGGCAUGUCCCCGGGCGCGGGCGCCAUGGCGGGCAUGAGUGGCUCAGCUGGGGCGGCCGGCGUGGCGGGCAUGGGACCUCAUCUGAGUCCGAGCCUGAGCCCACUCGGGGGACAGGCUGCUGGGGCCAUGGGUGGCCUUGCUCCCUAUGCCAACAUGAACUCGAUGAGCCCCAUGUACGGGCAGGCGGGCCUGAGUCGUGCGCGGGACCCCAAGACCUACCGACGCAGCUAUACACACGCCAAGCCUCCCUACUCGUACAUCUCGCUCAUCACCAUGGCCAUCCAGCAGAGCCCCAACAAGAUGCUGACGCUGAGCGAGAUAUACCAGUGGAUCAUGGACCUCUUCCCUUUCUACCGACAGAACCAGCAGCGCUGGCAGAACUCCAUCCGUCACUCGCUCUCCUUCAACGACUGUUUUCUCAAGGUGCCCCGCUCGCCGGACAAGCCUGGCAAGGGCUCCUUCUGGACCCUGCACCCUGACUCGGGCAACAUGUUCGAGAACGGUUGCUACUUGCGCCGCCAGAAGCGCUUCAAAUGUGAGAAGCAGCUGGCACUGAAGGAAGCCGCGGGUGCAGGCGGAGGCGGAGGCAAGAAGACAGCUGCUGGGACCCAGGCCUCGCAGGCUCAGCUCGGGGAGGCUGCGGGCUCGGCCUCUGAGACUCCGGCGGGCACCGAGUCCCCCCAUUCGAGCUCUUCCCCAUGUCAGGAACACAAGCGAGGCGGCCUGGGCGAGCUGAAGGGAACACCUGCCUCCGCGCUGAGUCCCCCGGAGCCGGCGCCCUCGCCUGGGCAGCAGCAGCAGGCUGCAGCCCACCUGCUGGGUCCACCUCACCACCCAGGCCUGCCACCGGAGGCCCACCUGAAGCCGGAGCACCAUUACGCCUUCAACCAUCCCUUCUCUAUCAACAACCUUAUGUCCUCCGAGCAACAACACCACCACAGCCACCACCACCAUCAGCCCCACAAAAUGGACCUCAAGGCCUAUGAACAAGUCAUGCACUACCCUGGGGGCUAUGGUUCCCCUAUGCCAGGCAGCUUGGCCAUGGGCCCAGUCACGAACAAAGCGGGCCUGGAUGCCUCGCCCCUGGCUGCAGACACCUCCUACUACCAGGGAGUGUACUCCAGGCCUAUUAUGAACUCCUCCUAA